CGGAGACGCGCACAAGCCACCACAGAAGAGUGCUGACCUCCAGAAUAGUUUAUCAAAAAUGAUCGCCAACAUCUCUGUUUUCUGCGUGUCCUCGCUUCUGCUUUUAAACUUGGUCGGCGCCAAACCAGUUUCCAGUUUACAGAGUCUAAAGCAGCUGUUAGAUGAAGAAGUGAACAAGCCGUUUGAGGAGUCCCAGGAGUCGGUGAUGGAGCAGAAAGAUGCUACAGCUGAGAAGAGCGCGCUGGACGAGCGAGCGGAGCAACUGUGGGAGUCAGACCCGCGAAACUCCGCGCUGGCCGGAAAAUAUGGCAUGUUCGAGCGUCUCCUAGGAGACUUACUGUCCACAUCAAAGCGCUCGUGGAGUCGAUUCAAGAAGGGCGACCUGAGGAGCUGCUUUGGGGUCAGACUCGAAAGAAUCGGGUCUUUUAGCGGGCUCGGGUGUUAAGCUGAGGUAUGUUAGGAGAUGUUAGUUCACCUUGAAGGAAACUGUUCAAAAGGCUUUUUAGAAAUAAAAUAAGUCAUGUCUUAUUACUUCAUGUCAUGUCGCUUCUUGCAGGUUGGCACUUGAAAAACACAUUUGGGCAGGCACAUAUUUGAUAAUACAAAAAGUGCUGACUGCGAGUUUUAGAUUUGUGUUCAGGUGAUGAUGUAGGCCUGUGUGUUGGUCAUUAUUUAUUUGAGAUUCAGACCUGUAAAUAGUUUGUAUUUGAACAUUCCAUGGCUGCUGCUGCUGCUGAUGAUGAUGAUGCUUUGUACUGUUGCAUCUAUUUAUUUAUUUAUGUCCUCUUUAAUCCACCCGUGUAAUAGAUCAUGUAUAUUGCUGCACAAUAAAUUUUUUGCAUAA